AUGACUUCACUCUACAGCACCAUCCUGCCUCUCUGCAUUUCCAUCAUACGGAUCAGUUCGCAGUCACAGUGGACAUCUGGACAAUAUCCAGAUCUGCGCGGUCCUACUGUAGGACAAUGUGCAGCUGUAUUACCACGCAACAAGCAACAUAUGUACAUUUGCGACCCGGAUCGGAUACUUAACAAUAGCCAAGCAAUGUCACUGAAUCGUCAGCUUCACGAUCUUGCUAUAGGAACACCAUGUCAUUGCCAACGGCGAUCACAGUGUACUACUGGAAUGCCAGGAACCGAAACAGAAGGUUUUCAUGGUUUUGUCGUCUCAGUAGCAAUUGUGCAAAAUCUUCAAAUGCAAAUACAUUCACCUAGUGAAGCCCAGCUGACGGAAAGAGCAGAGGCGUUUUGUCGAGCACUUGAAGGCCGAUGGGCUCUUGGCGACUGCGGCAAUUCUGUGAUUGUGUUUGUCUGGGAACAUUAUAAGAAAGUAAGGACGCAAAACAACGAUGAGCAAAACAAUAAACAACUGUGGGACUAA